GCCACACAGAGCACCGACCACUAGCCAGCGCUAGUUGCAGCGUCACUAGCGGCAGCCGAUUGCGUCCUGAGCAACGACCUACCUCAUUUUUGGUAUACUGCCGUAAAAUUAUCUGAGAAAGUCGAUGAAAGGCGUGGAUAAAACCCUUACAUCACGGCGGGCCCCACAGUAGUACGCAACAGGCUUCCGUCACUAGCCAAACCGCAUCCGACUUCACAAUUUCCAUAUAAAUAGCCGGAGUCAGUGUGGAAGUCUUCAUCUCAAACCACUUUGCUUCACAAGAAGAAGAUAAUUGUCUGUGAGAGAGAGAGAGAGAGAGAGAAUGGAUGCCAGGCUUCACGAAGCAGCUCUAAUGGGCGAUGUUGAUUCCUUGUCCACAUUGCUUGAAGGAAAUGCUAACAUUCUCGAUGGGGCAGCUGAUUUUGCGGAGACGCCUUUGCACAUAGCUGCUCUAUUUGAUCACGUCGAGUUUGCAAAGAUUAUCUUAAGAAGAAAGCCGGAACUCACGCGUGUAUUAGACUCUGAACGAUCCUCACCUUUGCACUUGGCAUCGGCCGAAGGGCAUGUAGAGAUGGUAAAAGAGCUCUUAAAGAUCGACCCUGAUAUGUGCCUUGUUCGUGACAAAGAUGGAAGGAUUCCUCUCCACGUAGCAGCACUCAAUGGUCACGAGGAUCUCGUGAAGGUGUUAGUUGAUAAAAAGAGAACAGCGACUCGGGUCUUAACGCGUCAAAGGGAGCCGAUUUUGCACCUUUGUGUGAAUCAUAACCGCUUUGACUCCGUGAAGUGGCUCUUAGAUUGUGUAGAGGAUGGUAAAGAUAAUGAGUUUGUGAAAAUGAAGGAUGAUGAACGCAACACCAUCCUCCAUCUUGCAGUUGCUAAGAAGCAUAUCAAACUCACAGAGUUUUUGGUCCGAAAGACCGUGAUGAGGGUAAAGUUGAAUGCCUUGAAUGCACACGGUUUCACGGCCUUGGAUAUUUUACUGCAAAACCGUGGAGAAUUGAAGGAUAUGAAACUUGAAGGGAUCCUCCGAGGUGCUGGAGCUAAAAAAGGUGGAGCCAUGCAUCCCACGAGAGACGAUUGGACAAUUAAACCAUUGUCUUCUAGAAAUGAGAAGUGGAAGAAGCACGGUGACUGGUUGAACGAGAUAAGGAGUAGUAUAAUGGUGGUGGCAGUAUUGAUCGCUACGGUAACAUUUCAAGCUGGAUUCACCCCUCCCGGUGGGCUUGUGCAAGUGGAAACGUCGGAUGCGCCUCAGUUGGGGUAUCCUACAAGCCCUGCUCCAGCCUGUCCUAUUUACACAGGAGGGAAGUCGAUCAUGGCUAUUAAAUAUCCAUGUGGAUACAAUUCUUCUUAAUUUUCAAUUCGAUAGCAUUCCUGUCAUCUUCGGGCAUAAUCUUAUUGCUAGUAAGUGGUUUCCAUCUAAAGCGACGGAUUUUAAUGUGGACCUUGAUGAUCAUCACAUGGUUGGCUGUGUCUUCCUUGAUCUAUACUUAUUUCCUAGCCUGUAUAGUUGUCUCCGAUUGUGCAACCCAGAUCGAU